AUGUCGGUACCAGAAGCCCUCUAUGUGGCUGGCUAUGUCCUCCAGAUUGUUUCAUACGUGCUUGCUAUUGAAAAAGUGUCCCGAAAAGGAAACGUGCUUGGACUUUCUUGCGACUACAUUUCCUACUCCUGGCUAUGGUUCAUGUCGAACGUCUACUUUGGUGGGAAUUACCUAGCAUCUACGUAUGUGGUCUUCCAAUAUGCCAACAGAUAUCCCGAAUAUCCUACUUUCUAUACCUCAAAACUCGUAUUCUUCCUUGACUGCUUGGGACUAGCAGCAACAAGCUGCCUAAUGUACCAGAUUUUCAGGAAGUACAGGUCUACGAGGAAAGGAAACGAGGCAUCGGGUAUGCUAUUUUACUUCGUGAUCGCCCUCAUCCUAACAGGUCUUGUGUGGCUACUUUGGAACUAUGCUCGUGGACAAGAAACCCUCAAUGAGCUUGACAUUGCCAACUACUUCUGGCUUUUUCUAGGCAGGGUCAGUAACAAUCUCUCUCUGGGAGUUGUAGGGCUAGCCAACGUGGGGAAGUCGACGUUUUUCCAGGCCAUCACCAAGUCCACUCUUGGCAACCCUGCCAACUAUCCAUAUGCCACGAUUGACCCUUCGAUGUCUCUCAUUGUGGUGGAAAGCCCGAAGCUAGAUCACCUUCAAAAAUUGUAUGGAUCAGCGAAAAAGGUUCCUACGUCCAUGACGAUUUAUGACAUUGCAGGUCUCACGAGAAAUGCAGCACUGGGCGAGGGGCUAGGCAACAAGUUUCUAGCCGAUAUUCGUCAGGUCGACGGAGUGUUUCACGUAGUUCGAGGAUUCCGGGACGACGAAAUUACGCACAUUGAGCACAACGUGGACCCGGUGAGAGACAUGACCAUCGUGACCGAUGAGCUCAUUCUCAAGGACUUGGACUACAUUGAAAUUGGGCUUGAACAGGCACAGAAAGCCUUGAAGAAGCCGCAAGCGGACAAGGGGAAGAUACAGUUUGAGAUCGACACGCUCAACAAGCUUCUGGAUCUUCUAUACCUGGGCAGGAAGGUGAGCACUGCCGAGUGGAGCAACGAGGAGAUCGACAUAAUCAACCCAUUAAACCUUCUCACGGCUAAGCCCACCGUGGUGUUGCUUAACGUGAAUGAGGCUGACUACCAGAAUGAUACCAACGAGUUUAAGGAGGCCGUGCAAGGGUGGAUUCAGGAGAAUUGUCCAGAAGAUGAGUUGAUGCUAUUUUCAGCAGCGUAUGAAACACAGCUUAAUGAAAAGAGAGACAAUGUGGAGGAACUCGAGGCUUACAUGGCCGAGCAUGGCCACAAGGGGAGCGCCAUGAGUGGAAUUGUGGACAAGAUGCGGUCCGCGCUCCGUCUUGUGUCAUUCUACACGUGUGGGCCUAAAGAGGCACACCAGUGGACGGUUCGGGAGGGAUCUCUAGCACCCGAGGCCGCUGGCACCAUCCACACCGACCUCCAGAAAACCUUCAUUUCCGCCCAGGUGUACAAGUGGAAAGAUCUCCAGGACGAGCAGCCGCCGUUGGACGAGGCUGGGCUUAAGUCGAAGGGCAAGCAGCAUCGGCAGGGCAAAGCUUACGUCAUCGAAGACGGCGACGUUUUAGUGGUGAAGGCGGCCGGCGGCAAGGCCAGGUGA